AUGACGAAUCAGGGAUUAGCACCUACAUCAAGCCGCCCAAUUGAGGCAGGGUCCAACCCCGACGAUGUCGAAAAGUCGGCGUCCAUGAAUCCGCCGAGCAUGGCUCCAACACCGCCAACUUCCGCAUCUAUCGGCGAUGAACUAGGCCUUGAGGACAAUCCAACGUCCCGCGACUUUGCCCAGAUCGCCCUGAUCAAGGAUCGCCUAGUCAUUCAGGACAAGUGGAUCUCCCUCCCCCGAUUCCAACGCGUCUUCUCCGUGUACCAGAUCUUGCCAGGGCCCGAGGCUGCCGAGUUAUGCAUGUUCUUUGGCUGUCUGUCUGCCGGCCGUAUAGGUGGCAUUCUCGCUGGAAUUGCCUUUAUGCUUCCCGGCUUCCUUCUUAUGCUUCUCGCAAGCUAUCUCUAUUCCCUCGCCGGCUUCGAAAACACGUACUUCAAUGCCUCCUUUAGAGCGCUGCAGCCCAUUGUAGCAGCAAUGAUUCUUCGGGCAACGCAUAAGAUUGCAGACCACUCAGUGAGGAAGCAUAACAGUCAAAAAGUCGACCCUUUUCUCAUCAUGGCGGCCGUUUGCACUGCUAUAAACGGCGCACUCCGCCUCUAUGGUGUCAUUUACGCCUUCGUUGCCCGCCGCUUAUGGAUUCCUGCCGGGGCCCUCUUCAUACUCCAGUACGUCGGCUACGCCAUUUACGUCGUCUUCCGCGGCGUGCCGUCUCCGGUCUCCCUCGCUCUUGGUAUUGCCAAGACCCCAUCCACCAUUAAUCUGUUCGUCCUUGGCUUGGUUGCAGGGAGUUUGUCAUUUGGUGGGGCAUACACUGCGAUACCUUUUGUUCAGGUCGAAGCCGUCCUGAUGGGCGGAUGGCUCCCCCAGAGCGUGUUCAUCGACGCCAUUGCCAUCGGCAACGUUCUGCCCGCGCCACUGGUAAUCUUUGCGACUUUUGUCGGAUUUCAGGGAGGAUAUGUGGAUAAGUCGCUCGCAAAUGCCUUCGCUGGUGCGGUAGUCAUUACGUUGGGCAUGUUCUUUCCGUGUUUCCUCUUUACCAUUGCGGGGCACAAUUUGCUCGAGAAGUUAGUUCGGAACAAGGUCCUCGCCAGUUUCUUCGACGGCCUCUGCGGCUCAGUCAUUGGUGUGAUUGCCAUCAUUGCGACGCAGAUCUUGAAAGCUAGCGUCCAGGGAUCCAUCGACAAGUUCAAAGACAAGCCCAUGGCAGAGGCGAUUGCAAUGACUGCUCAGGUCGGGCCUGCUGCAGUGCUUUACCUGCUUGCUCUGGCUGCUCUCUACAAGUUCACGAACAAGUACACGGCUCUUCUACUGGUGAUUUGCGGUGCCGUAGCUGGUCAAUUUCUUUUCGUCGUUCAGUGA